UCAUAUCGCACAAUUUGAAAGGGCGACAUGGUAUUUGUACAACCAAUUUAUAAUAAUUUUUUAUGCUUCUUUUUCGUUCCCCAGUACCAUUUUUUCCUAUAGAAAUUGAUCCAACCUGCCACCAUUCCUUAAUUAUUUUAUAUUUCUUUUUUAUUCCCAUAAUCCCAUUCCCAUUUUUUCUGUCAGUUUGAAAAUUGUUCUAACCUCUUUCUUUGAUUAAUUUGUUUAUUUAGUUGUAUUUUCUGUUGUGCUUGAAAUUAAUUACAGAAAAAAAUUAUAAUGAGGUAAUCCACACAAGGAUUCAUUGCCACAUAAAUAAUUUUUCAAUCCAAAUCAUAUUAAUGUCAUUGUACUUACAUAAAUGCAAUACACUUGCAAUUGCAUAUGUAAUUAAAAAGAAAAAAUAAAAUAAAAUGGUAAAUAAAUUGAGAAAAAAGGGAUUCCCAUACUUUUAGGUCAUUUUAGAACAAGUUAUUUGCAAAGACACGUUACUGUUCAUCUAGACACAAUUUACUAUUCAUUUAGACUCAAAAUUACUGUUCACCCUCCCCUGAUUAGACCAUGCUCUGCGGCCGCAUUUUCUUAUUGGUUGGUUGCCUGUGUCUGGGUCCCGCCGUUGUUUUUGUGUGUGCCGCGUUGCCCUCAGCUGCACGCUCAUUUUCCCUUUGCUCUCUCUUUCCUGCUUUUCUCAACCUGUCAAUCUGUACGUUUCUCUUUGCUCUUUUCUCUUAUCUUGCCAUGGAUACUGCUGCACUGUUCUUCGGGUCCCGAGAGAUUUCUUGAAAAUUGUGAUAAGAAGUUAAGGGUUUUCCCCACCACACAAACAAUAAGUAGAGAGGAGAGAGAGUCAGAGACAAAUUAGAAAUCCCUUUCUUUUCAUCUCAGUUUCUCUCUCCUUUCUUUCUCCUCUCUCUCUUCAAUCUCUCAAAAUGGCCGCCUCCAUCGCCACCUCCUCUGUCGCCUCCUCUACCUCCACGGCUGUCGUCGCCACCGUCUCCAUCAUCGCCACCUCCUCCGUCGCCGCCGCCUUCGCCAUCCCACCGCCUCAACAGCCGCCGUUGCCGCCUCCUCCACCUCCGCUUCAGCUCUCUUCAAAUAAACAAACUUCCUCGAAAAUCCUCUGUUCUCUCAUCUCUCUCCCUAAUACUACCAAACAGAGUCCCAAUACUCCAUUUUACCUAUCCAAACCUCCUACAAGAGAAACUCCGGUGGGUGCCGAGAAAGACGGAGGAGGGAAGGGCGAAGGCGAGAAGAAGCCCGCCACUGCUCCUGCUGCCGCUGCCGGCGGGGGUGGUGAUAAGAAGGACGACGGCGGAGGGAAGGUCGUCUCCGUCUACAAGAUGGACAUGCAUUGUGAGGGGUGCGCCAAGAAAAUCUGACGCUCCGUCAAGCACAUGGAAGCUAAAAAUUCAAUUCCAUUCCUCCCUCUAUCGAUUCGAGAUCUGAAUCGGAAUUCGGUGCUCAAUUAAUUGAAGAAAUCGAGAUGGUGAGAGUUAGAUUCAAAAUCGGUUGCUAAGAUGGCUGAAUUUUUGUUUGGCAGGUGUGGAGGAUGUGAAAACGGACUGUUUGGCCAACAAACUGACGGUGACCGGGAAGGUGGAUCCCGGCCGGGUGAAGGCCAGGGUGGAGGAGUACAUGAAGAAGCAGGUGGAUAUCGUCUCGCCCCAGCCUAAGAAGGAAGGCGGUGGCGGAUCUCCUCCAGCCGGCGACAAGAAGGGCGGAGGUGGCGGAGCUCCUCCCGCCGGUGACAAGAAGGGCGGAGGAGGCGGCGGCGAGAAGGCCGAGAAGAAGGCGGAGGAGAAGAAGCCAGAGGACAAGAAACCAGAGGAGAAGAAACCGGCUCCACCUAAAGAGGUAGUUACUUCAUACUAAUUGCGUCAUUAAUUAAUUAACCGGUGCCAACUAAUACUAAUGCCAGCCGUUUUAUUUAUUAAUUGCUGUAAAUCCGAGUUUAAUUGCUAAAUAAUAUUGGGUUUUUUAUCCUCUGCACUGCUAACACUAUGUUUGGCAACAAGGGGUGCAAGUUCGAGGGGGUACAAGUUGAGGAGUAAAUUGUUGGGGGUGCAACUUGGUGGAGGGUGUAAGUGGAGCGGUAAAUUGUUGUUUGGAUGAAAAAGUAGGGGGUGCAAAUAGAGUAAAAAGUAAGUAAUUAUAUUAUUAUAAAAUAGAUUUAUCAAUUUAUAAAAUAUUAUCACAAAAUAAUAACAUGAAAAUUCAAUAUAUAAUAAUAAAAAUAAUAAAUAAAAAUAAUUUUAAUAAAAAUAAUUAUUAUAUAAUAAUGCCCAGAUAUAAUUAUUUAUAACAACAAUAAUAAUCAUUGGUCGAGCAACCUUGAAACUCGAAAUCCAACUCGUAACUGGUCAUCCUAAGAGGGUUCUCGUGCCUAACUUUAAAUUGAAUAUGGUCAAACUUAGUCAAACACAUUCGAAUCUGUAAGUUUUAACUACUUAUUAAAGUAAAUCGAGUUAACUAAACUGUUCCUCUCUAUCUUUUCAACAAAUGCUUCUUAUCUCUAAUUUUCAAUGCAAAUUCGGGUCAACUAAGAGAUAUCGAUUUGACGAGGCGAACAUUGACAAACUUGCUCUCUGGGUCAAACGGUCAACCCCAAACAACUUCUACACUAAUAUAGAUAUAAGAAAAAAUUAAUAAUAUUGAUUAUUAUGUAAUUAUAAUCUAAUUAAAAAUUCAUAAUUCCCCUCCUCCCCCUUCCCCCUCCCUUCCUUCCUUCCCUUGCACCCCAAUUUGGGGGGUAAGCCGAAACAGUGAAUUUACGCUCACGUUUUGCACCCCCCUACUGUUACAAAAUAACCAAACGGGAGUAAACGCCUUGGAACUUGUGUUUACCCCUCCAAACUUGCACCCCCUUCCAUUUACACCCCUUCCCAAACAUAGUGUUAAAAGUUUCUUUACUUGCAGGUGGGACAAGUUUGUUUGCUGAUGCAUCUGGUCAGGACCCAUUAUCAACACCAUUUGGUACUAGAACAGUACCUUAUUUGGCAACCGAUCAGGCAGAGUGGGGAAGAGAUCAGCCUGAACAUGUGAAGUUCCGUUCUAUAUCCGCCAUGGCUGCCUACAACAAGAAGAGCCAUGAAGAGCUUCUAUAUCCCCACUUCCUCCUUUGCAUAUCUCUAUCUGGGUUCCUGGGAUGUGGUUUGAUUGUGCAGAGGGUGGAUAAUAUUAUAGGGGGUUCUUCAUCGGAAUUGUGAGUUGGAGCAGAAGCCUCGAGUCUUUGGAUCUCAUGGACGUUAGCUUGCUCAUCCUGUUAAUUUACAAGGUGUUCUGUAAUUUUGGUUAGAAUUCAGGUUUAUUGAUGUUGGGUUUUGUGCUUUUGCGUAGAUGAGCAUUCUCAAGGUGGAUUGUUGAUCUAUUGUGUUUCUUUUGACUUUUGUCUUGCUCUAUUGUACUAUUGUAUAUUCUGUUUUCUUUGAUCAUAAUUAGCAAACUAAUUGACACAGAUUACAUGAAACACAAGAUAAUACAAGAUGUAACGUCUCUGUUUUAAGAUUGUAUCACAAAUCCCAGCGCGGAGCGCGGCCUGAUUAUUAGUUGAUCUUAUAUGCAAUUGCAUUUGUUGUAAACUUGCAAAUAUACCAUGCAUAGCCACAUUAAUACAAUUGGUUUUGCAAU